AAUGAAUCCUACAGAUGUUGUCAACUGCGAACCCAACCCUUAUCAUAUUGAAUCCAAUUCCUCUUCUUCAUUUAAAAUUGGUGAUCAUGUUUGCGCAGAUAGUGCCGAGUCAACUCACACUUACAACGGAACAUUGGUCUUUCUUGGGGAAACUCAGUUUUCUGAUGGAAUUUGGGCUGGAAUCGAGCUUUUUGAACAUGGCACUGGGCUGAAUAAUGGCACAUUUCAAGAAAUCGUAUAUUUUGUUUGUCCUGACAAUACUGGUGUAUUUGUGCCGCUACACAAACUUCGUACUCCUACACGCUUUGUUCAAGAUGUUCGUAUGGUUGCUGAAACAGCUGUCAAGGAAGAAAACAUUGAUGUGCCAGUUGCUGCAGAGCCACAAGAGAUUUCAAUCGCUAGCACUGUAGCUGAUGCAGUUGUUUCUAAAGCAGAUCCAGUUCUAAAUGUGGCAAAUGAAAUCUCAUCUCCAAUUGGUCAAGUACAGCAAAAUCAUAUGGAUACUAUUGCUCAUAGUUCCACAUUUGAUGAUGUUGAAAUUCUAAAGACUGAACUCUCACGUAUGACUGAGCUCAAUAAUUCUUUGAAAAUCCAAGUCUCGCUAUUAACCCAAGAAACUGAUUCUUUAAAACUUACUUUUUCUCAAACUAUUGAGCAACACGCCUCAAAAUUCAACUCUGAUGAUAUGGAAGAGCAAUUACUAGCAGCCACUUCAAAGGCAAGUGCUGCUACCAUGGCAAUGCUUGAAUUGCAAGAAACGCUUACGAAAGCAGAGGCGGAGCAUGCUACUAGUCGUGAAGCGCUAGCUACUCUUGAUUCUGAACGCGAAGCAUUGACUGUCCAAUUGAAUCAGCUUUCGAAUGAUCAUAAGAAUCAAAAAAAUGAGCUUCUUACUGUUCAAUCUCUAUUCGAAAGUGAGCGCAAGGUUUUUACUGAUCAAAAAGAUGCGUAUGAAGCUGAACUGAGUGCACUCAAACAACAUCACGAUAAUGAACUUCAAGAACAUUCAGCUAUCCAUAAAGCUCGCUCCAUCGAGUCCAACUCUGAACUUCUCAAUGAUAUUCAAGUUUUAAAACAGGAACUUUUGCACAAAUCAAAUGAUAUCGUUUCAAUCACUGAAAAAAUGCAGCACAAUGAGACCCGUUUGGCAAGCAUUUCUGAAUCUCAUGAAACAUUGCUAAAGGAAAUAGAUUCAAAGAAUGCUGCUUUGCUCGAUAAAGAUGUAGCUAUUGCUUCUUUGAAAGCAGAUCUUAGUUCUGUGCAUGAGCAACACGAUCGUGCACUUCUCACCACCACUGAUACAUCUGUUUUUACCGAGCAGAUUCAACAUCUGACUUUGGAGCUUGAAAAAGCUAACGCAAUGCUAUCUCAAGAGCGCGCUGAUGCAAAGGAAAAAAUAAAUGAUGCCAAUGAACAGUUUUCCAAAGAACGAACGUCGACGCAACUGAUGGCAUCUCAAUUUGAAGACGCCAAUGCAAAAAUUCAAUUUCUUGAAGACACUAUUAUUGAGCUCAAGUCUGCAUCCAGUGCACUUAUUGAAACUGUUUCUCAAAAAGAGUCUGCCAUCAAGGAAUUUGAGCACUACGUUGAUCAACUGAAGCAAGAGUCUAAGGAUUCUCAAGAAUAUGAGGCCGUUAUUGAGCAACAUCGAACUGCCCAUGCCGAUAUAACUGCAAGGCUUUUAGAUGCUUUAGCUCAAAUCGAUGCCAAAGAUGAAACCGUUUUUGAAUUGACUUUGAAAAUCAAUGAGUUGAGCAACGCUACUAUUCCUACCAAUACUAAGCCAGAAGAAAUCGAGUGCCUUCGCGAACAGCUUGCAUUAAAGAAUCAAGAGUAUAGUCAUCUUGCUGAUCAGCUUGAAUCUGCCACUAAAGCGCUUGAUCUCGCUACCUUUACCCGUCAAGAACAGUCUGAUGCAGAUGCCAAAAUGCUGGCUGCUCUUGAAGAAUCUAAAACCUGUGUUGAUCAACUUAAUGAUAAAUUGGCCGAAACGGAAACUAUGUUGGUCUCUGUUUCUACCAAACUUUCUCAAACUGAAGAAUUUCUUGAAGCAGCUCGACAAGAAAACAGUGACCUUCAUACGGCUUUGGCCAAUGCAGAAAUGCCCAGUGUUACUCAGAAAUCUAUUAUAUCACAAGAAGAACUUGCUCAGAUUGAGGAAAACGCGACCCAAAAGGAUGUCUUGAUUGAAGCCAUGCGAAACGAAUUUGAAAAUGCUGUCAACGAUCUGGACUCUCAAAUUAUGCUCGCAAAACAGCUACAGGAUCAACUUGCUCAAUCAGAAUCUGCUUUAAGUGACAAAUCCAUUUUAAUUGAUGUGCUAUACCGACAAUCACAGGAGCAAAGCGAGCUUGAUCAAGCAAAAUUAGAUGAGCUGCAGCAAAUAUGUGAUCAGCAGGCUGCAUACAUGAGUGUCAUGAGUCAAGAAUAUGGGUUCAAAGUGCUUGAUCAAAAAAACCCACUUUUUGAUACAAUUGUUGAAGAGCAUACCGAUACUCCUCAUACUGCCUCCCAAUCGUCUACAUAUAUGCAUGAAAACACUGCCCAAAAGCAUGUUGAGGUGAUGGAAAGUGAAUCUGUUGAAAAAGUAAAUCAGGCCCACCCAGACAAAUCUUCUCAUGCUGAUUCACAUGAUCUCCAGCACAGUGAUGAAAAGCAGACUCUUAAACACUCUGUCACGAGCGAGACUCUUGUUGACGAUCAUUUUACUCAUGAACGCAUACAAUCAAAUGAACUCCCAGCCGAAAUUGUCGACAAAACUAAGGAGUGCAAAACUGUUCAUUCAGUUACUGAAGUCGAACAAAUACCUCUUGCAUUUUCCGUUAAAGAAAAGGAAAUACACGGUAAAAAUGUUGAUGUAGAACCCAUGGACAAGACUUUCCAUAUUGCGCAGCAUAUUGACGAGGCGAUUUCAAACCCCGUUGCCUAUCCUAUUGAACAUUCCAAGGAGGCGGUUGUGGAUUCUGCUCAACCUUGUGUAGAAAAUGCACCUAUUUUAAAUCACAACAGUUUUGAGCAUCAUACUGAGCACUUGUCUUCCAUUACUGAACAUGCAGAAACCAAUCAUUUACCUUUAGUCCAACCCGUUUACACGGAAAAUAGUAUAAUGCAUACUAAUGGCGUUUACACCGAUACCCACUCGCAGGUGAUAGAAAAAGAAAAGUACGUUGAUGACAAUCACACUGCCGACGUGACGGACCAACUCUUGAUGGAUGAUAACCAUGCAGAUGUUUUCAAACAAGUGAAUGGUGCAUCUACUCAAUAUGUCGAUUCGGAACAUAUACCUGUGCAAUCUACUACUUCAAUGCACGAUGCGGCCAAUUCUGCUCAGACAGCUGCUGGGUGUAAACAGCAAUGA